ACCACUUACGCCUGCUGUUCUCUUGCCAGUCAUCUGCUGGAGUGCUCAGAAUAAUUUGAAACAACAGGCAAUAUUUAUUUCUAGCUUUGUGUCUCACGCUUCGCGGGAGCACUCAUAAUUCGCGCAUUAUUAUUUAUCCUAACUUCCGCAAAGCUUUCCAAUGGACCGGACAGCGCUGGCUGUGGAUUAGGACAGAUUUAGCACACACUCUUUAUUGGCUGAGAGCUGUGAGGAAAGCCCCGGUGCUCGGCUUUGCUGUGGUGCCCGGGGUAUAUUUGGUAGGUGGCCGGCGUGACCCGGAGCGCGGCGUGGCUGUGCCGCCCGGAGCUGACACGGGAGGAUGCGCGACCCCAGACCGCCCGCUGAAGGAGAGAGGGAGGCUCUCCUCCGCUCCCGGCAGAUCAUUUCCCUGUGUGUCAGCGCCAGAGGCACGAGCACGACUGUUCUCUGUUUCUCUGGGACGAAAGAAGCAUUUCGCUGCUGUGAGCCCGGUGAGCAAGUGUCAGCGUAGUGGAACUGCGGGGCUCGGGAACCGACCCUGCCCGCAGAGCGCGGCUGACGAAGAGCUCCGGCUCCCUGCUGGCGUUCAGAUCCUGCUCUUUAAUUAGCUGGGAAGAGACUGACAGCCAGAAAGUGCUGCCUGACAACUGCGCAGGAGAUUCUUUGAUGGAUUACAAUCUCGUCAGACUCCAACUUGAGAAGAAGAAUGACAGCUCAGACACUUAAACCAGACUUUUCACCAUCCUGGAAAGGAACUGGCUUCCAGAAUUUAGAGGGUUUUUGAUGCUCUACCCCCCUCUGCUGUUACCAGCGAGAAGUUCCUCGACAAUGGGAAAUCAUGUACUGGCGGCUUCGAUUUCCAUGCUCUCGCUGCUGGUGAUGAUGGGAGACACGGACAGUAAAACAGAGGGCUCCUUCCUGAUGGACUCCGACCCCAGCCGCUGUAUGAGGCACCACUACGUCGACUCCAUCAGCCACCCUCUCUACAAGUGCAGCUCCAAGAUGGUGUUGCUGGCCCGCUGCGAAGGCCGCUGCAGCCAGACCUCGCGCUCGGAGCCGAUGGUUUCCUUCAGCACGGUCCUGAAGCAGCCCUUCCGCUCCACCUGCCACUGCUGCCGGCCCCAGACCUCCAAGCUGAAGGCCAUGAGGCUGCGGUGCUCGGGGGGCAUGCGGCUCACGGCCACCUACCGCUACAUCCUCUCCUGCCACUGCGAGGAGUGCAACUCCUAGGGACCAAGGGGCACGGCAGACGGGGACAAGGGGGUGCUGCUGCGGGGAAAGAGCCCCAGAGAACAACCCAAGGUCAGGCCGGUGCUCCCAGCACAGGAUUGCAGCAAGGACAGGACUAACCAGGCUGGAUUGAAUCUGAGAGCAGAAGUACAAAAUAUCCUGGGUUGCUGGAUGGUGCUGGUAUCGCAGUGUGAGCUGUGACAAAGGCAAAAACAUGAGGACUAUUUUUUAAGAAGCCUUUCUUUUUUUCUGAAAGGGUAUUUUUGAGAGUUUCUUCUUUUCCAGACUCAGCUCUGACUACAGAGAGGUGCUUUUACUUUAGGCCAUGGGCAGCAGGGGAACAGAGAAGAAGGUCAGCCAGAUGACAGCACUGCAGUCUGGAAACUGACAUUUGGACAGAAGAUGGGCAUCAGUUCCCACAGAAAACCUCUUAACCUAUCAAUUUAUUCUCAGUUUUCUAGUUAUACUGGCCUUCAAAGCAAUCUGUGCUGUUGGCAAGGGUCAUCUGUUACUGACCUAGUGGCCAAAUGCUGGAUAACUUUAACUGUGGUUUAGCAGAAAUUGCAAAUAAACCAUUGAAAAGUGAA